AUGUCCGUCACCGAGAUCGCCACACUCAAACUCGUGCCUCCCCACACCUGGAGCUCGCCUGCGACCCGAUCGUUCUUCGCGGCCGCCGCGUCCCAGCAGGCCGCGCGGUCGGGCUACCCGCUACACUACUUCGAGGACACGACCGACGCGGCGAUCGUCUAUAUCCUCACGGGGUGGGAGAGUGUCGCGGCGCACGAGGCGUGGAUAGCGAGCGAGGCGAACCAGAAGCUGCUCGAGCGGGGGACGGGCCUCAUAGAGGUGGUGGGACUGCAACAUGCGCAAUUUGCCGUCCAGUUGGAGGGGAUCAAAUUCCUCUACGUCUGCCAACUGUGUAGCAUUGGACCGGCCUUGCUGGUCGAGAAGGGACUCGGUGGCUUUGGAUUCCUCGCUGUGAGCCAGGCCCCUAGCGAUACCGCCAGCGCGAGGAUGUCUGCGUCGCCUCCGCCUUCCGGGCUGAACAUACGCUGA